AUGGCGGCCAGUCCGCGAAACUCGCCCUGGCUUUCCCUGCUGCUCCUCUUGGGGCCAUUUUUUAACUUCGGCGCCGCCCCAGCCGCCUCUCUAGUCCCUGGAAUGGGCCCUACGGACUACGCAGAGGGCCAGCGCGUGGCCGUGCAGAUUUCUUCGCUGCAGUCCGUCCAGGGCAUUUUGCCCGUAGACCCUUUUGGCCCCAACCUGCCUUUCUGCCGCCCGCAAACAACAGAAAUUGAAGAAAACAAUUUGGGCCAAAUGCUGAUGGCAGAUCGGGUGCAGAAUUCUUUGUACGAGGUCUACUUUUUAAAGAACUCUUCUUGCAAAACCCUCUGCAAAGAUGUGCCUCUUACUGAAGACAUCAAGCAGCAGCUGCAGCGGCUCGUCAGGGACAAAUACAUGUUCCACGUGCUGGUGGACCAGCUCUACGCGCUGCAGCUGGUCCACCGCACCAAUGGGACCAGUGGUUACACCAUUGGUGUCCCCGUCGGCUUCGAGCGCGAGGGCCGCAUUUUCGUUUAUAACCACUACAGAAUAAUUCUCCACUACCACGCCGACGCGGAGGACGCCAAGCCAGCCAGACUGUUUAAACUGCCGUGGGAUUCCGGGACUCCUCACUACCGAAUAGUUCGUUUGGAAAUAGUUCCGGUGUCUGUACAGCACGAGUUGGACGAGGCGGGGAACUUGCUGUGCGGGCUGCAGGGCGGGGAGCAGCAGCAGCAGCAGCAGCAGCAGCAGCAGCAGCAGGAGGGGGGCAGCGGGGACUCGAGUUCGAUUCCUUUUUCUUCGUUUCCAGCGUUCAGCUUCAAAGCCGACGACGAAGUGGACUCUGCAGACAUCAGCGAGACCGGCCCGGACCCCCUUUACUUGAGUUUUUCUUACGACGUGGUUUUCCGGCCAAGUCCGAUUCAGUGGAGCGAACGCUGGGACAUUUACUUGGCGAACGCGCGGGACCGGCCGCUGAUCCACUGGUUCUCAAUAGUGAAUUCGCUGGUGGUUUUGCUGCUGCUGUCGGCCCUUGUGGCCAUGAUCUUGCUGCGCGUGCUGUACCGGGACAUCAGCCGCUACAACGACCUCCUCGCGGACGAGGAAGACGCCGAGGAAAAGGGCUGGAAACUUCUCCACGGAGAUGUUUUCCGAAAACCUGCACAUUCAACUGUUCUUGCGGCGCUCACGGGGUCCGGAAUGCAGCUGGUCGGAAUGGCUUUUGUUACCGUCAUUUUUGCGGGUUUGGGCGUUUUCUCGCCCGCGUUUCGCGGCAGUUUGCUCCAGACCAUGCUGAUCCUCUGGACCGUCAUGGGGGCGGUCGCUGGGUACACUUCGGCAAGGAUGUACAAGCUCUUCAAGUCCGUGAACUGGAAACUGACCACGAUCCGCACUGCGCUGGUCUUCCCCGGAGUGGUCUUUUCUGUCUUCUUCUUCAUGAAUGUUCUUCUUUGGGCCCAGCAAUCUUCAGCGGCCGUCAGCUUCGCCGGCCUUCUCGCCCUCCUGGCCCUUUGGUUCGGCAUCAGCAUUCCCCUCGUCUUUCUGGGCGCCUACUGCGGCUUCAAACAGCCCGCAAUUUCCAUUCCUGUUCGCAUCAACAAAAUCCCAAGACAAGUCCCGCAGCAGCCCUGGUUCAUGCACCCAGUCUUGUGCUCCUUAGUGGGCGGGGCCCUUCCCUUUGGGGCGAUGCUCACUGAGCUGUUCUUUCUUUUUUCUUGCAUAUGGCAGCAUCGUUUCUACUAUCUCUUUGGCUUUUUGUUUCUGGUUUUGAUAAUUUUGUGUGUCACUUGUGCUGAGAUCUCCAUCACUUUUGUUUACUUCCAGCUGGUGUGCGAAAACUACAACUGGUGGUGGCGCUCGUUCCUGUGCAGCGCCACCAGCGGGGUGUACGUGAUGCUGUACGCCAUUUACUACUUCCACUCGCGCUUGAGUUUGUCCCACACUACUGGCACUUUAGUUUAUUUCGGAUAUUCUUUCAUCAUGGCCUACGCCUGCUUCAUCCUCACAGGCGCUGUUGGGUUCAUGGCUUCGUUUUUCUUCCUUCGGAAGAUAUAUUCUUCAAUUAAAGUUGACUGA